CUUGAUCUGUCCGCCUUUAUUUGUGCAUGCUUGGUUCAUACCCCGACGAGGUGAUGCCGCUUUUAUACUAGUUUCACCUCAACAGUAUCAGCUGCCCAAGUUUUUUGAGACUGCGCUCGUCUACAAAAUCAGGUUGCCAUUCGCUUCGGUUUCUACAUCCAACAUGUCGUCAAAAGCGAAGAAACGACAACGCGAACCUGAGAACUGGGAUUAUGCUGAUCUCAGUGGACCUGACCCAAUGUACAAGAGGACAGCGCCAGCAUGCAUUCCCGCGUCAUCUUCUACUACUUUCAGGGUCAACACCACCACCAAGGGCCCCGAUCCGAAUUUAAUGUCUUAUAGUUCCACUUUUGAUAGCAAAGCUCCUUAUAGCUAUUCAUACACCCCACCUACUACUUCUGUGAUGACGAUGCCAUCAGUUCCGUAUUCUUCAUACAACUACAGCUAUCCCCACCCCCAACCUACACAACCUCAGCCCCAAGCUCAAGAGGCACUACCACCUCCAGUCAAGAAACAAAGGAAGAAGAAGGAUCCUAAUGAGUCUGUGCCAGAGAAACGCGGUGCAAUGUUCAAGAAAAAGUGUCCACAGAACAUUCUCGAUCGUGUCGAUAGGGUCAUGUCCCAAAGGUUUUUCAUGGUCGACAGGAAGCGUACUGGCGAUGAGCUACGUGAGGAGUUUAGCGUGUUAGGUUCUACAGGGAACGUGUAUAAUGUCGUCAUCGACAAGACACCAUCCUGCAACUGUCCGGACGCCAACAAGGGCAAUCACUGCAAGCACAUAUUGUUUAUAUUCUUGAAAGUUCUCCAAGUCAGCCAGAGCUCCGGCUUGUGGUACCAAAAGUCAGUACCUCGCGUCGAUACAACUUUGACCAAUCAGUUAUCACCGUAUAGAGCACUUAUCACCUCCGAACUUCAAGAAAUAUUCACGCAUGCGCCUCCAGCACCAAAUUCUGUCGUCAACCAACGUGUUCGCGACGCAUAUGCACGCGCAACUGGCAAGGCUAAUGCCUCGGAAGAGUCUGAGCCCGUGAAACAGCGCCGCGCACCUGGUCCAGAGGACGACUGCCCCAUUUGCUAUGAGAGCAUGCAUGGCACAGACGGGAACACCCUCAUUUGGUGCGAGACUUGUGCGAAUGCCGUGCACAAGGAGUGUUUCACACAAUGGGCUAAAUCCUGUGGUCGCAACAUUACUUGUGUGUUCUGCCGUUCCCCAUGGGUCAACGUUAGCACAGAUGGGCAGGCCUCCGGGAAGGCAAAGGCAUCAGUGUCAGAGGGAUACAUUAACCUUGGUACUGUUGCGGGUUUGAGUCAAGAGCGUGAUACCAGCUCCUAUUAUCAUGGCUCCAAGCGUGGAUAUCGGCACUACGGUUAUCAAGAUUAUGAAAACGUGCUUUAGGCAAAGGACCAAGUCCUAUCAUACGUGAUCCGACCCAUUGAUCUAUAUCAUCUCGUACUUUUUUUUAAUUUACGCCCCCUCCAUUUCACCACAGUACAACACCAUUUAAAUCUCUUGCACGUAUAUACGAUUGCGCUUUGUCGCCUU